AUCGUCGACUCAGACCUAACGAGAACCAGUCGAGUCGACCGUGCCAUUCCCUUCUCCACAAAACCUCCCGCCGCGAAGACCCCACCCAUUAAACCCUAGAAGUCGAGCCUCCCCUUGCCAUCGCCGCCGCAGCCACCAUGGGCUCCGCCAAGUCCUCCAAAUCCUCCAAGAAGCGGAAACCCGCCGCCCCGCCGCCAGAGUCGGACUCCGAGCAGGAGGAGACGGUCCACGAGACCGCCGCUGCCGAGGAAUUCAACCAAGAGGAGCAGCCGCAGCCGCAGCAGCAGUCGGACGCAGGAGACGAGCAACAUGAGCAUGGCAAGGAGGCGCAGGAGACGGGAAAGGAGAAAAAGAAGAAGAAGGACAAGGAGGGCUCCGGAAUCCUCACCAGCAUGCUCUUCUCGGAGCUCCCCAUCUCCGAGCUCACCGCCAAGGCCAUCAGGGAGAUGAACUACACCCACCUCGCCCAGAUUCAAGCUCGGUCGAUACCUCAUCUGUUGGAAGGAAGGGAUGUGAUGGGAGCUGCCAAGACUGGCUCAGGGAAGACCCUUGCGUUCCUCAUACCGGCGAUUGAGCUUCUCUAUAACCUGCAUUUCUCGCCGAGGAAUGGCACAGGAGUUAUUGUGGUUUGCCCUACAAGGGAGCUUGCCAUACAGACACAAAAUGUUGCUAAGGAAUUGAUGAAGUAUCACUCACAAACCCUCGGAUAUGUAAUUGGUGGUAAUGGCCGGAGAACUGAAGCUGACCAGCUUGCAAAGGGGGUCAAUUUGUUAGUAGCUACACCAGGCAGGCUGUUGGACCAUCUGCAAAACACCAAGGGUUUCAUAUAUAGAAGACUAAAGUGUCUUAUAAUUGAUGAAGCUGAUCGCAUUCUUGAGCAGAACUUUGAGGAAGACAUGAAACAAAUAUUUAAACGCCUUCCCCAGAAUCGGCAGACAGUUCUUUUUUCUGCGACACAAACGAAAGAGGUUGAAGAUUUUGCCAAGUUGUCAUUUGAGAAAAACGAAGAAAGGAAAGAAAAACCUGUUUAUAUCUCAGUUGAUGAUGGUAAAUCAAAUGCUACCGUGGAAGGCUUACAGCAGGGCUAUUGUGUCAUUCCUAGCGACAAGAGGUUUUUGGUUCUGUAUGCUUUCCUAAAAAAGAAACAGUCUAAGAAGGUCAUGGUGUUCUUUUCAUCAUGUAGCUCAGUAAAGUUCCAUGCAGAGCUUCUAAAUUUUCUCCAGAUAGAGUGUGAAGAUAUCCAUGGGAAACAAAAACAGCAGAAACGAACUACAACAUUCUUUAACUUCUGCAAGGCAGAAAAGGGCAUCUUAUUAUGCACUAAUGUGGCAGCACGUGGACUUGAUAUUCCUGAUGUGGAUUAUAUUGUGCAAUAUGACCCUCCAGAUGAACCAAAGGAUUACAUUCACAGAGUUGGUCGUACUGCACGUGGUGAAAAAGGCAAAGGAAGCGCCUUAUUGUUCUUGUUGCCACAAGAACUGAAGUUUCUUAUUUACCUGAAGGCAGCCAAGAUUUCUCUCACAGAAUACGAGUUCAAUAAUAAGAAUGUGCCAAAUUUACAAUCACAUCUUGAGAACAUCGUUGUCGAGAAUUACUUCCUAAACCAGUCAGCUAAGGAAGCCUACAGAUCCUACAUCUUGGCAUACAACUCACACGCCAUGAAGGACAUUUUUAAUGUUCAUGAUCUUGAUAUGAAGGCUGUAGCAGCAUCAUUCUGUUUUAAGAACCCUCCAAAAGUGAACCUCGACUUGGAGAGCAGCGCUUCUAAACGUCGGAAGACAAGGAAAGUGGAUGGUGGGGCGAGGAGGCAUGGUAUCAAUGCCGCAAAUCCUUAUGGAUGGAAGGGCGGUGAUGAUAACAGGCAGUUUGCAAGAUUCUAGAGGGCUAGCCAGCCAGCCUUUGAGUGGUCUGUAAUGAUGGUAAACUCUAAUGUUAAGCAUUGAUACCAUGCCUUUGAGUGUUUUAUGAUGUCUCUUGCGGUAAACUCUAAUGUUAGGCAGAGUCUGGAAGGCUCUUCUUUGCUCUGUAAGAUUUUGUUAGAUAGCUUGAUACUAUGGCACUGGGGUGUAAUGCAAUUUUACGUACUAGCUUAAUGCCUGGAUGAUUGAGAAACAAAAAGAGUCAGUCAGUCAGUCAGUCCCUGUUAUCGCAAGUGUUUUAGCCGAUGUUUGCUUCAGUUUUGUUCA